AGGAGGCAGAAUGGCGGAGUACACAGAUCUCGAUGGAGCCGUUAAUGAUGUUCCUGAGCUGUCAGACAGCGAGGAUGAGGAGCAGUGGAUGGAGGAGGACGAUCCAGACCAUUCUGAUGAAUCUGUACCAUGCCUCUUCUGUAACAGGUCCAUCAGUUCUGUCUCUGAAACAUUCCGUCACUGUCAGGCAGAUCACGGCUUUAAUGUUGCAGAUUUGGUGAGAAAACACAGACUUGAUGAUUAUGGCUACAUAAAAAUGAUCAACUAUAUUCGAACCACUAAGUGCAGCAUGGAAACUUUGGUGUCGUGUUCUGGUGACGCUUUACCGUGGAGCUCAGACGAAUACAUGAAGCCGGUCCUGCCUGAUGAUCCUCUGCUGCAGAUCGAUGUGGAGGAGCUGACUGGCGAUGCUUCGGCAUGUGACGAUGUAUCAGUGUGGAUGCAGAGGGCACAGCGGGCAGAGGAAAACCUGAGUCGUGCCAUGGACGACCUACAUAAACUCAAGGUGUUUGUACAGGGUCUGGUGUUGAAUUCGGACGGGACACAGAAGAGCGCGGGGAGUGUGGCGGAGCUGAGGGAGGACGAGGACGAGGCUUAUUUCAGCUCGUACGGUCACUACAGCAUCCACGAGGAAAUGCUGAAGGAUAAAGUGCGCACCGAGAGCUACCGGGAUUUUAUGUACGGCAACACGGAGGUGUUCAAGGACAAAGUGGUUCUAGAUGUCGGAUGUGGAACUGGGAUUCUUUCCAUGUUUGCCGCUCGCUCCGGUGCCAAGCAGGUCAUUGGUGUUGACCAAUCGGAGAUCAUUUAUCACGCCAUGGACAUUGUAAGAGCGAAUAAUCUGGAGUCCGUGAUCACGUUGAUCAAAGGUCGAAUCGAGGAGGUGGAUCUUCCGGUGGAGAAAGUGGACGUCAUCAUCUCCGAGUGGAUGGGUUAUUUCCUCCUGUUCGAGUCCAUGCUGGAUUCUGUAAUCUUCGCCAGGGACCGAUACCUUGCGGACGGAGGUUCAGUUUACCCGGACAGAUGCAGCAUUAGCCUGGCGGCGGUGGGUGACACCGAGAAACACGACGGCCGCGUUGCAUUCUGGGACGACGUCUACGGAUUUAAAAUGCCCUGCAUGAAGAAGGCGGUGAUUCCCGAAGCUGUGGUGGAGGUUCUCCAGCCGGAAACCGUCAUCUCAGAACCCACAGUGAUUCAGAUGCUGGACUGUAAUUCCGUCUCCUUGUCUGGUCUCGAGUUCACCUCAGACUUCAUCCUGAAGAUUACAGUUAACACACAAUGCACUAUCACCAUUUUCAAUAAGUAAGCUUUGAACCUGGUCAUCAAAGUCGAGGGGUCACCCUAAAGUUUCUACAGGAACACUAUGCUACAAUCUGAAUGGGAUCUGUAUUUCUAAGGCCCUGGUUCCCACCCAUCCUCCUAAUGAAGGACACUUGGAACAGUGGCCACCCUACCCAGAAGUGGUUGACCUGCUGAAAUUCCUCCAAGAGCUCAGCGGCAACUGUUCCAGGAAGUCGGUCAGAAAAUGUACAGAAUGCAGAUAGUCAUCUAUCUUGAUGUUGGUGAAGAAAGCCUCAGUGGAUGUUCCAGUUCAUUCCAGAGCUGUUGAGUGUGGCUGAGCUUACUUUAUGCACAUGGACACAGUCAUGCUGGAAUAGAACAGGAAACGUCCUUCCCUAAACUGUUGCUGCGAAGUAGAAAGCUUAUUAGGUGUAAUACAUCAAUAUAAGUGGUAUAUUACAUCCGUUAGCAACUGUUGUGACUGAAAAACAGGGUGUCCCAAUACUUUUGUCCAUGUAGUGUAUGUUAAUUUAACAGUUAAUAAUGUGGUCGAUAGUGUUGGUGCUGCACUAGUCACCUGGGUUCAGUUCCUGCCUUCAAUUUCUGUGUUUACUGGGAUCGACUCCACACUCACCACCAACCUGACCAGGAUGAACUGGUUACUGAAGAUGAACGUUUUGCUUCAUAUAGUUUCUGUAGCUGUAGCUAGGGGUGGCACGGUGGCUCGGUGGGUAACACUGCCAUCUCACAGCAAGAAGGUCCUGGGUUUGAUUCCCAGUUUGAGCUGUUUGGGUACUUUCUGUGUGGAGUUUGCAUGUUCUCUUGUUCAGACAAGAGUCUGUUUGGGUUUCCUCCGGGAGCUCCGGAUUCCUCCUACAGUCCAAAAACAUGCAAGUGAGGUGAAUUAGAGAUACAGAAUUGUUUGUGACUGUGUUUGACAAUAAACCAGUGUAACCAGUAACUACCUGUAAAACAUGACAUUAAAAUCCUAAUAAAUAAAUUUUCCAAUUGAAAA